CUAAAUCAACGCCGUCUCCCAUUGCUUGCAUCAAAUUGUAUCCCAAUCAUCAGAUCAAGUCCCCCUGUAACCCUUCUUCUACGACGCUGGUGCAAAGCAAAUUUCAACCUCAUAUUUAUUUAUGUUCCAUAUUGAUCUGGUUGCUUCGAAUGGACGAACAGACAACUUGGUUAUAUCUUAAUAUUAAUUGCUCUUCAUCUCUUGGAAGGAGAAUUGGUCGUGGAGAUAUUUUAAAGUCCAAACUUCACCAACUACAAUAUGGGCAUCAAAACAGGAGGGUUUUGACUUUCGAGUUUUGAGUAUAUAUAAAUGAGUGGCAGAUCAUGAGGUGAGGAUCAUCUCCUCCAAGUUUUAGUAAAAUUCCAUACUACACCAUGGAUCUUGUCCUCUUGGAGAAGGCUCUGCUGGGCGUGUUCGUGGCCAUGGUUGUUGCUAUUACCAUAUCUAAGCUCAGGGGGAAGCGUUUCAAACUCCCACCAGGUCCCAUCCCAAUACCUAUCUUCGGUAAUUGGCUGCAGGUGGGGGAUGAUUUAAACCACCGCAACCUCACAGAGCUGGCUAAAAAAUUCGGAGACAUAUUGCUGCUGAGAAUGGGGCAGCGGAACCUGGUGGUGGUCUCUUCACCGGAGCUGGCGAAGGAAGUGCUGCACACCCAGGGGAUCGAAUUCGGGUCCAGGACGCGGAACGUGGUGUUCGAUAUAUUCACGGACAAGGGCCAGGACAUGGUGUUCACGGUGUACGGGGAGCACUGGAGGAAAAUGAGACGAAUCAUGACCGUCCCUUUCUUCACAAACAAGGUGGUGCAGCAGAACAGGAUGGGGUGGGAGGAGGAGGCUGCCAGAGUUGUGGAGGAUCUCAAGAACAAUCCACAGGCUUCAACAAGUGGGGUGGUUCUGAGGAGGCGGCUGCAGCUUCUGAUGUACAACAAUAUGUACAGAAUUAUGUUUGAUAGGAGAUUCGACAGCAUGGAAGACCCUCUCUUCAACAACCUCAAGCUUAUAAACGCAGAGAGGAGUCGGCUAUCUCAGAGCUUCGAGUACAACUACGGCGAUUUCAUCCCAAUUCUCAGGCCUUUUCUCAGGGGCUAUUUGAAUGUGUGUAAGGAUGUCAAGGAGAGGAGGCUCAAGCUCUUCAAGGACCAUUUUGUCGAUGAGAGGAGGAGACUGGCAAGCACGAAGGGGAAUGGUGCAAAAUGUGCCAUCGAUCAUAUUGUGGAGGCUCAACAGAGUGGUGAGAUCACCGAAGACAAUGUUCUCUUCAUUGUUGAGAACAUCAAUGUUGCUGCCAUUGAGACAACACUUUGGUCGAUGGAGUGGGCUAUUGCUGAGCUUGUGAACCACCCCAACAUCCAGAAAAAGCUGAGGCACGAGCUCGACUCGGUGCUGGGAGAUGGCGUUCAGAUUACGGAGCCCGACAUUCGCAAUCUGCCUUACCUGCAGGCUGUUAUCAAGGAGACCCUGCGGCUGAGAAUGGCCAUUCCUUUGCUUGUGCCUCACAUGAACCUCCAAGACGCCAAGCUGGGUGGCUAUGACAUCCCUGCAGAGAGCAAGAUUUUGGUGAAUGCCUGGUGGCUGGCCAACAACCCUGAUCACUGGAACAAACCCCAUGAAUUUGUACCUGAGAGGUUCUUGGAGGAGGAGGCUGACGUCGAGCCCAGCGGCAACGACUUCAGAUACCUUCCCUUCGGUGCCGGGAGGCGGAGCUGCCCGGGCAUCAUUCUCGCCUUGCCAAUCGUUGCAAUUACUUUGGGUCGUCUGGUUCAGAAUUUUGAGCUCCUGCCUCCUCCUGGACACUCCAGGAUUGAUACCACCGAGAAACCAGGCCAAUUUAGCCUCCAAAUAUUGAACCACUCCACUGUUGUGGCAAAGCCGAGGUCCAUGUGAUUUCUAAAAUAAAAUUCUGCUUCCCCUCCUGUGGGGCAUUUGGUUAAAUAUUUGUGAUUGCAGAAAGCAGGUAAGAAAUUUGAUGAGUGUGUAUUUCAGCAUGAAACAAACAAGGAACCAUCUCUCUUUCAUCUUUUAAUUAGGAGAUUAGAAAAUGCAUGUGGUGUGUGGUUGUGAAAUAAUUGUAAUGCACAACUUUUGUUUCUUAAUCUUCAUCUACUUGGGCUUUGUUGAUUCCA